AUGAGCGAGGCCAAGAACAAUGGCGAGCCGAACCGGCACGAGGAAGCCCACGGAUUGUUGGCCAGCAGCGACUUUGAUGACCACGAGGACGAUAUCGUUGUCUACGCCGCCAAUGGGGACGGCAAACGAGAGCAAGGCAGCCACAGCGACACGUCGCCGUCGCCGCCUAAAGUAAAAACACCACGGACGCCGAACCGAGUGCAGUUUGAUUUAAACCCUGCUGUUAUCGGAGAUGCAAAUGGAUCCGCUCACGGCGGGAGGAGGUCUUCCUCCGAGGAGAGCUUCGAAUUUGACGACGAUGUGGAAAUCCAGGGCCACCACUCGCAUCGGGUGCCCUUGCUGACCGACAUGGAGGCACCCAGCGUCGCCGUUGCGAAUACACUUGGAAAUGAUGCAAACGACGACGGCAACCGAUUAGAACAGGCGAUGCGACGACCCAAGUCGGGGCUCAAAUCGGCCUUUAUGAACAUGGCCAACUCGAUCAUUGGAGCUGGCAUCAUUGGACAGCCAUAUGCUCUUCGACAGGCAGGUCUCCUGUCCGGCAUACUCUUACUCGUUGGGCUGACGGUGGUGGUGGACUGGACCAUUUGCCUCAUCGUGAUCAACAGCAAGCUGAGUGGGACGAGCAGUUUCCAAGGCACCGUAGAGCAUUGCUUCGGACGCCCCGGUCUCGUGGCCAUCAGCCUGGCCCAGUGGGUGUUUGCCUUUGGCGGCAUGGUAGCGUUUGGCGUCAUUGUGGGAGACACGAUCCCCCAUGUGCUGGUUGCCAUCUGGCCGAAUCUAGGCACGGUGCCAUUACUUGGACUCUUGACGGACAGGAGAGUUGCCAUCGCAGUGUUUGUAAUGGGCGUGAGCUAUCCACUGACCUUGUACCGCGAUAUUGCGAAACUGGCCAAGGCGAGUACCUUUGCCUUGAUUGGCAUGUUGGUCAUUGUGGUGACGGUGGUGAUUCAAGGAUUCUUUGUGCCGUCCGAGUCCAAGGGUUCGUUUAGUACGCCGCUGUUGACUGUGAACGGGGGCAUUUUCCAGGCCAUUGGUGUGAUUUCAUUUGCUUUCGUUUGUCACCACAACUCAUUAUUGAUCUACGGCUCUCUGAAAACGCCCACGAUUGACAACUUUUCCCGCGUCACGCACUACUCCACAGGCAUAUCCAUGAUGGCUUGUCUAUUCAUGGCUCUGGCAGGAUUCCUUACCUUCGGAGACAAGACGCUCGGCAACGUCCUGAACAACUUCCCCUCGGACAACAGCAUGGUCAAUGUUGCCCGUCUCUGCUUUGGCCUCAACAUGUUGACUACCUUUCCUCUGGAGGCCUUUGUGUGUAGAGAGGUGAUGCUCACAUACUGGUAUCCCGAUGAAGACUUCAACCUCCGACGGCACAUCAUCUCCAGCACGGCACUGGUAGCAUCUGCCACGGCCAUCAGCUUGCUAACAUGCGACCUGGGCGUGGUGUUUGAGCUGGUCGGGGCAACGAGUGCUGUUGCCAUGGCGUACAUACUGCCGCCCAUGUGCUACAUCAAGCUCACGACUAAGAGUUGGCGAACAUAUAUGGCAUAUGCGGUGGUGGUGUUUGGCGUCGCUGUCAUGGUGAUUAGUGUGGUCCAGGCAGUUGACAAGAUGGUUCACGGGUCCGACGAGGCGACCCAGUGUGUAUGA